ACCGGAACCUGCCGCCCGGACAAAGGAACCGGCCACCGACCACUUUUCACACCCGGCGUCACUCUCUUGUUGGCUUUCCUUACAACCGGCGUUGCUCUCGUGCGAGGAUCCGCCUAAGCUGAUAAGCCAAUCAGCGAGACUUUUUCAGCGCUCCGCCAGCAAUUAGACGAAGCCCGUCGGGGUCACCGCCAGAACUAGGCCGAGUGCGUCAGCCCAGUGGCCCGGAGACCAAAGUCAGUCAUUUGUUUAUCUGACACCAUCCCCAAAUACAAAACCGCAAAUUAGUAUAAAUCAUCAACUGUUUACAAACUAAAACGACUUGUAGGACUUAUACAUGGAAUUAGCUAAGCUGCAUUAUUCAUUUUUCUCUUUAAAAUAUGGUUUUAGUUUGGCCACAAACAACCUCGCAGCCCUAGUUUGAGCUCAUUCAGUUAAAACCUUCUUCGAGUCCACCGACUCCAUCCAAACGUGCAGAACCCUGUGACUUCUCACGAGACCUUUUCAUCCCGUGCAUGGAACAGGAAACCGGGUCGGAGACGGCCCGGCAGCAGGACCAGAGGAGAGUGAGGUGGUUCGACCUCUCUAAGCCUCUUACGCGGGCUGUAAAUCUUCGUGCAGCCGGUCAGCAGGACUCCUGUUGGCUCUGAUCAUGAUGAUUUAAUCCCUCGUGGAAAAGGGUUACAGGUGUGUCCUCCUGCCAGUCACACGGUCAAGUGGAGCGAACAGAAAAACAAGCGUGCAGGGCAUGGACAAGCUUCUGUUACCAGAGGAGGAGGAGGAGGCGCGCUGGGACCACAGUUUGCAUGCUCCGGGAGAGGCCGAGAGGACGAUGGGGGAUCAGGUGAAGACUGUCUUCCAUGGGACGGAGACCUUCUGGAGUACCGCGAAGGGUUACUUGAAGAGGAACGGGCUGCUGACGCUGUCCAUCAUCUCCGUGGUCACGGGCUGCACGCUGGGCUUCACGCUGAGGGGAACUCAUCUGUCCACACAGGCGAAGAUCUACUUCUCCUUUCCCGGAGAGCUGCUGAUGAGGAUGCUGAAGAUGCUCAUCCUUCCUCUCAUCACGUCUAGUUUGAUGUCGGGUCUGUCGUCGAUGGAGUCGAAGGCGUGCUGUCGGAUAGGCGUCCUGACCGUCACCUACUACCUGUGGACCACCUUCAUCGCCGUGGUGGUCGGCAUCGUGCUCGUCCUCAUCAUCAAACCCGGCGUGGGGACAGAGAUGGAGAGCAACCGGCUGGGAGGGGGACCCGUGAUGACAUCGGCCGACGCCCUGCUCGACCUCAUCAGAAAUAUGGUCCCCUCCAACCUGAUAGAAGCCACGUUUCAGCAGUACAAAACGGACCUGGUUCCCAUCCUCAAAGUCCCAGCCAUAACCGUGCUGCCCAACUUUGUCUACGUCAUCCCCGAUGACAGCGACCCUAAAGGUCGGAUGGUGUUCCUGGAGCUGACUCCGCCUCCGGAUGUCACCUACAAGACAAGUCCCGGCAGCAGCCAACAGAUGAACGUCCUGGGCAUCGUCAUCUUCUCCGCCACCAUGGGCCUGUUGCUGGGCAGAAUGGGAGAGCGAGGGACUCCCCUUAUCAGUGUAUGCCAGUGUAUCAACGAGUGCGUCAUGAAGAUCAUUAACGCUGCCGUCUGGUACUUCCCUUUCGGGAUCAUCUUCCUAGUGGCGGGGAAGAUUCUGGACAUGCAGGACCCGAGCACGCUGGGGAAGAAGCUGGGCUGGUACGGCAUCACCGUGCUCGCUGGCCUCUUCGUCCACGGACUCAUCCUGCUCCCUUUCUUCUUCUUCGUCCUCACCAGGAAGAACCCCUUCACCUUCAUCCGGGGGCUGCUGCAGGCCAUGGUGAUCGCCCUGGCUACCUCUUCCAGCUCUGCCACGCUGCCCAUCACCAUGAAGUGUUUGUUGGAAAACUGCAAUGUUGACCGGCAGAUCGCCCGAUUCGUCCUCCCUGUGGGUGCCACCAUCAACAUGGACGGCACAGCGCUUUACGAGGCGGUGGCGGCUAUUUUCAUUGCUCAGGUUAAUGACUAUGAGCUGGACUUUGGGCAGUUGGUCACCAUCAGCAUCACGGCUACAGCUGCCAGCAUCGGUGCGGCAGGUAUCCCCCAGGCCGGUCUGGUUACUAUGGUGAUUGUACUGACAUCAGUGGGCCUGCCGCCAGAUGACAUCACACUUAUCGUGGCCAUUGACUGGAUUCUUGACAGGUUUCGAACCAUGAUCAACGUUCUGGGUGACGCUCUGGCGGCGGGAAUAAUCGCCCACCUCUGUCAGAAAGAUUUCCCCCUCAGUGGUGCAGGAAAGCCUGUACCGUCGUACGGGACACAGAAUCCUCACGCUCACAACAACUCUCACAGCGUAGAUGUGCCAAUGACAGAGAUCCACACAGACAAAGACAGUAUGUUCGAUACAAUGGGCGACCCAUUGGGCGGGAGUCACCCGCACACAGUCUAUUACAACAUCUGUCAGGUGUGAUCGGACCGGACCUCCUCAAAACACCACUGAGUCUUGUGAAAACGUCCCGUGCCAUCUUCUGAGCAGCAGCAACUGCUUUAUGUUCAAUUUCGGUGACAAGAACCUAAAGAACUUGAUUUGCAGCUUUGUUCUUGUGCUGACUGAGGAACGAGAAAACACUGGCUACAAGGACCAAGGCACCAUUUGAAGGGAAACUAGCCAUCAAGUCAGACUGCAUUUAAAAAGUGGGAGAUUUGGUUAAUAACAACCAGAGGAAUCAAACAGGAUCUCUGGUUGACAGGAUGUACAGGACUCUGCACCAGAGGA